AUCAUCUUCCUGCUUCCUUCUCCAUCCGCUGCUGAGCUGAGCUGAUCCAGCAUGGGUUUGGCGAUGGGGAGGCUUCUUGGGUGGAAGCAGGAGGCGCGGAUCGUGCUACUAGGCCUCGCCUGCGCUGGCAAGACAGCCAUCCUGCACAAGCUCAAGCACGGCCACGUCGUCACCACCGGACCAACGAUAGGGUUCAACACCGAGACGCUUGAAUACAAUGGCAUCAGCUUCAGUGUUUGGGACGUGGGUGGUAGUCAAGGCGAGCUCCUACGGCUCUUGCUAAGGCACUACCUCUAUGCCGCCCAGGGCGUGAUAUUCGUCGUCGACAGCAGCGACCAGGAGUGGUUUCAUCAAGCCAAAGAUCUGCUAAACAUGAUUCUGAACGAGGACAAGUUCAGGGAUCCCGCGCUGCUUUUGUUUGCAACCAAGCAAGACCUUCCGAACGCCAUGAGCGCAGCAGAGAUAGCAGACAAGUUGGGGCUUCAGUCACUGCUUUGCAACCGUAGACGAUGGCACAUUCAAAGUUGUUGUGCGAUCUCAGGAGAAGGCCUCCAUGAGGGGAUGGAUUGGCUCUGCGCCAACAUACAAUAGGACUAAGGUUCGUCUUCUAUGCUUCAAAUCGUUACAGUAGGACAAAGGCUCCUCUCCUCCUUUUUCUUCAUUCACAGACGACUACAAUUUUUCGAAAAGGACAGACGACUACAAUAGAAAAGGGGACAUGCUGUUUACAUUUUUGCAGACCUAAGGAUCGGCAGAUGAAAUACAGAGUUUGAUUGCUGUAUAUGGCUAGUUUGCAGUGUGAUGUAGUAUCAUCAGAUCAGGUGGGACGCAGCACAAACAUCCAGAUCCAGGAAGGGUUAAAAAAAGAGGUAGCCUCUAGCCUCAUAGAGCUGUAGUGUGUGUUUUUCUUACAACAAAGAGAGAAUUGACCUACAUGGUCAUUUGUACAGUUGUUGGAGCUCGGCCUUUUUUUCCCUAUUAUGGCAAACCAAGGUCGUCUGGUUGUGUAAACAAAACAGAGCUUUGAUGCGGGGAGAGCAGCAAACGCUUAUUUUGCUCUCUCUCUCUCUCUCUCUCUCUCUCUCUCUCUCUCGGGGUUGUUUGGGUGACUGGGAAUUGGGAUUACAUAAGACUACUGCGAUAGUAUAACUUACGUAGCUGAAUAAAUAAAUUUGUAACUUGGGGUCUUUUCGAUGUACGUAUACAUUAGGGUUAGGGAUGAGUGACCCGAGUUUGGCCUCCUUA